AUGGUGGUUGGCUUCGCAACGACUCUUUACUCCCAUCUUCAUCCAGGUUCAAGCGUCCGCAUGGUAGCUGCUUGCUGUCCCGUUUUCCUUGACGUUGCCUAUUGCGCUCUUCCCCCCGUAACCUCUUGUCCCGACUUACAAACCCUGACGAACAUCCGCAUGCUCAUUUCUCACUUUAAGUACCAAAAUCGCUUAUUAUAUCUGUCUGGAGAUUGGAGGGGCACUCAUUACCAUUUUUCGAUGUGUUUUCUCAGGGAUCUCAGGUUUCGGCUUUCGGUUGGCAACGUCUCAUCUCCCCGGCCCGCUUAUAUCAUGGACUUCAGUAUUAUGUUUUGUUGGCCCUUCCUCGCGUUCGUUGAUGAUGGUACCCCGUGGCAGCGGCGGUGA